AUGGAGUCAAUAAAAUGUAAAGUCUUCCCUCCUAAGCAAGAAAAUGUGGAGAUGAAACAAGAAUCUACUGAAGGUUCGUCAUCAUCCUCCAUAAAACCUAAAAAUUUGGAGACGGAAUCUUUGGUUCCAUCCUCUAUGGAAGAUGUGGAGCCAUUGAUACCAAUCAAAGCUGAAAGUAGUGUUAAGACCGAGUUACCAGCUGUGGCUAUUGGAUCAGUUGCAACUUCUUCCGCGAUUGACAUGGAAGAGGAGACACAAGGGUAG